UUCAAUUUGAUUUAUAUCAGAAAAGGACCGAAAAAAUAUUAAUUGUAACUUAUUCAAGAUCCUAAUACAUGCACAUAGUCCUGGAAAUACCAUCUGUUAGGAAACAGCGAGAACUUAUUCAAGGUCCUACAGUAAAACGUCCCACAUCUGCGCCGGUCGGGACCGGAAGUGACCCAACAUCUGCGUUUUUCUCCUCCGUCGCCGGUUCCCCCACUUUUCGGACGGUGCUCGCGCAGCAUUGCACGCCAUCUGUACUCGUGCGGCUUCGUGAGCCCUUCGGAAAUCGGAUUGCUCGUCAGAUUUAACAUAAUAACCUGCAAUUAUCAAAUUUUCGAGUGCCACGUUCUUGUUGAUAUUACAUAUCAUUUCACCGAGACGAUAUUUCGAGAGGAGUUUGCCGAGACGAUGGAAGAUCGGACAGGAAAGAAGAAGGUAUGUUGUAUAUGUCGCCCGCAUAAUUGUUAGGAGAAAAAGCUAAAUGUCUCUCGUCGCGAUAACAGAAGGCGCAAAAGGUCCACAAGUGGCUGAACAUGGACCAAAAGCUCGACAUCGUCAAACGCAUGGGUGAUGGGGAGUUGUGUUCGAGCCUCGCUGCGGAGUUUGGUGUCAGCAUACGCACCAUGCAAGUGCUGAAAAAGACGAAGGAGAACAUCGUGAAGAAGAAGUGUUCCCUUUUAGACCAACAAGGGUCACUGAAAAGGAAGCGCUACACCGGUGUCGUCAGGUCUGACUUCGAGAAGAUCAUUUAUACAUGGUUCAUUCAGCAGCGAGACACUGGGUUUCCGAUCUCCGGGUUCCUUCUAAUGAACAAGGCGAGCACAUUGGCCGAAACACUGGGACGCCCCAAUUUUAAAGCCAGUACUGGGUGGCUGAGGAAGUUCCAGCAGCGGCAUGGAAUCCGGAUGAUACGCGUAGACGGAGAGAAACUAUCGAGUGAUGCUGUGGCUAGCGAUGAGUUUACGAAGAUAUUUAGCAGCUUCAUCGAAAUCGAAGGAGUGUCCGUCGACAACGUCUAUAAUGCUGACGAGACAGGUUUAUUUUGGAAAUGUCUUCCAAGGAAAACGUUGGCUCCACGCAACGAACAUUCGGCUCCGGGACACAAACUUGCGAAGGAACGAGUCACCGUAAUGACAUGCGCCAAUGCAACGGGAACGCAUAAAGUUCCGCUGCUGGUGAUAGGAAAGGCGAAGCAUCCGCGGGCCUUCAAAAAUGUUAACAUACUCCCGGUGCAGUAUGUUAACCAAACAAACGCAUGGAUGGACCGCUCAAUAUUUAAGGAGUGGUUUACUACGACGUUCAUCCCUGCUGUGGAGAAGAAGAACGGGAAGGUCGAGAAACUGAUCUUGCUUCUCGACAACGCGAGGUCGCAUCCAUCGGCUGAAGAACUGACGGA